AUAAACUCAUAAAAAGAUGUCUAUAAGAAAAAUUAUAUUCAUUUUAUUCAGUUUUGUAAUGACUACACAAGCAAUACCGUAUUUUUUUAAUAGUGUAAAUUCUUCAAUUUGUAAAACUCGAACUGGAGAGGUCUUGCAAAUAGGAGAAAAGUGGCACGAUCCUGAUAGAUGCGUUCAAUAUUCCUGCGAAAUAACUCCAAUAGGAACAACAUUAAUUGGAAAAACAUGUUCGAGUGUAAUUUUUCCUUCAAACUGCAGAGGAGUACCAGGAAAAGGUCAAUACCCCGAUUGUUGCAUUAACGUUGAGUGCGAGGAAGAUGAUAUUCCUAUAUUUCCAAAAUAUAAUCCAAAAUAUUAUAUGACAUAAUUUUAAAACCAGUAAUUUUAAUUUGAAAUUAUUGUUGUAUUUUAAUGCUUCAAAUCGUGUAAUAAAGUUCUUAA